GUUACGGGGUCUUCAGUGCUCAACGCGUUGCUGGGUGGUGAGGUUGGGUCGGUUGGUUGAUUAUUUUGAGUGGCUAAUCAACUAUGCGGUACUAUGAGGAUCCAUGCGGCUAUCCUGCUCGCCAUCACCAUGGUCGUCCAAAUAUCGAGAUUGAUGUGGUUCCCGGUUGGGGUGGCGCAUAUUAUCCGCCGCCGCCUCCGCCUCGGCCCACCGAGGUCGUAUACAUGACCCCGGCGGCCACCUAUGUGCCGGGACCCCAGAUGAUAGUCCCGCAGCCCUACGGCGGCGUUACCGUGACCCAAAAUGGAUAUUAUCCGCAGCAGGCCUACGAGUAUCAGUACCAGCAGUAUCAGCAGCCCUACAACAACACCCCCUAUCAGCAGUGGUGAAGGAGAUGUUCAACUGGAAAAUAGACCAUCACUACAAUGUUCCAAGUUUCCUUCAAGUUCACUAGCAAAUAAAAUAUAUUGUCGAUAAAGUGUAACCGAAAGAUAACAGAAAAACAACACACAUAUCUAUUUGUCUUAAUCUUAAGUUCUUGAAAUGACAACAAAAAUGGUGCAAUAGUAUAGAUAAUGGGUUCCAUUGAUAUGAAAGACAAUACACCAAUACGGUUAAAAGCUAUUAACAACAACGAAGGAAGUUGGCAAAAAGAGGUGACGGAAUUUAUUGUGCUCUAACAAACUUAUAGAAUGUAAUAUAAUUUCACAUUUAUUGGACCAAUUUCAUACCAUUGUAACUAUAGUACAGUUAUGCUAAUUACUAAAGUGAAAUAAAUAUAAUCUCCUGUUUUAAAUCAGAAGACA